CACCGUUAACUGUUCCGUUAUGUUUGUUGACUGAGCAACACCAGUAUGAGUUGGAAGCCAAUGUGGCAGGUCGGGACCAUUUCUAUUUUUAAUUAAAAAGAAAUUUAAAAAUAAAUAUUAACCCACUCUCUCUCCCCUAUUCUUCUCCGCCAAAUCUUCUCGAUCUUCCUCCGAGAUUUUUCUUUUUCCCCCUAUUCUUCUCCGCCAAAUCUUCUCCAAUUUUCCCCCGAUAUUUUUCUUUUUCUUUUUCUUCCCCGUUGAGCGCAUCCAAGUUCCAACUGAGGACAACAAACAGUCAAGAAAGAGAUGGCGUGGGUCCAAAGCGGCGCUCAGCUUGGAGAGCUCUUCUACGCGAUCGCGAGGCUGAGCACCCACCUUGCGUUCCCGGCGAGACUCUGCCCCAUGGUGGGAGUCGGAGGCCACUUCGGCGGCGGAUUCGGAACUCUGGUCAGAAAGUACGGCCUGGCCACAGAUUAUGUGAUCGAUGAUUACCUCAUGGAUUCUCGCAGCAGGAUUAUGAACAGAAAGGCCAUAGGAGAAGAGGUUUUCUGUGCGAUUAGAGGAGGCGGAGCGGGAAGCUUUGGGAUCGUGUUGUCGCUCCGUUGGAUUGCUGCGAACCAAUUGAUAAAUUGAUGCCCAUAUCUCAAACUAAACCCUCCAAAUACUCCCUUGUUUAAUUGAUGCCCAGAUCUCAAUUGAUAAAUUGAUACUCACCGAUUCUCCAUCUCCCCCAAUAGAUCCAUUCGCACACGCCGCCGCCUCGACUUUCUCCCCCAUCCUAUGCUUUUGCAAAAAAAAGAUGGGUAUAUCUCCCUGCCCUCGUCGUAAUCGACCUCUGCAACCUAUUCUUUGCUUUAAUGGGUUUUAAUUUGUUUACUGAUUCUGAUUUUUAGAUGAAGAAAGCGGUUGCAGCGCCGGGGAGGAGAGAUUUUGCCAUUUUUAUGAUUUUUUUUUAAUUUAUGAUGUGGAUGCUGAUGUGGACGCUGACAUGGAGAUCCGUUAGUAAAAAAUUAAAGGUAACAGAAUGAAUGCCCAAACUUUGAUUAGUUAAAUACGUUUGGAUAAUAAAUAGAAUUCCGAUAG